AUGAGUGCACUGAGCAACCCCGAUUCAAUCAACCACAAGCAGGGUACCGUCAAGCCCUCGGUGGCACCCGCAGGGCCUAUGACAGACAAAGGCCAUCAACCAGGCCGCAAGGUCAAUGAGGCUGACCAGCGCGGCGAAUUCCACCUAGAGCGCCACCCUCCCGGCAAAGCACCCGCCAGCAACUCCUACUCAGCCAACACCGUGGACAAAACUGGCAGCCAAGCCAACAACCCUGAUGUUCUUCGCGCACACGGCAAAGAGGCCGUUCACACACCUGCCGCCAAUACUUUGAGGAGUGCCACUUCCGCCGAUGUACACACCGGGUUCGGCAAGCCUCUCGUGGGCGAAACCAGCGUUGAACUUGCGCACGACGGGGCCCACGGCCGGAAGAAGCAACGUGGAGGUCUGGAAGGUGUUGGUACAUCUAUCGAAGACAAGAGUGGUGAGCGCAAGUACCCCGAUAAGCGCGGCUAUGAGAGAGAACAUCACUUGGCCGGUCUUCGGGGGAGCAAGGAAGAUCGGUCUGCGGCGGAUAUGCGGCCAGAGCCUGCUGAGACUUUGGAUGCGGAGUGGAAGUAUGAGCCUGGCACUAAGCGGUAA